GCUGGGGCGGGAACGAGGCCUCCGCUGUGUCGUCCCUUGGUUCCGUGCCUCUGCUGCGCCGCCUGUGUGACCGGGGUGUUCGGUGAUGAAUGGCUGUUGUAAUUAAGCCAAUGAGUUCACAGCACAGAGGUUUCACCCAGGGCUGGAACCGAGUCAUAAAUAGCAGUAAUGAAGUGGGACAGGGUUCACGCUGAGGUAAGGAGAACAUUAAAACUUUUUUCUUAUCUCGUGUAACAAACACCGGUUCAUCAGCAGUUUUUACACCUGUGAACAGCGGGGGCAGAUGAGCAGCCGCUGCUAACGGCUGUAGCACUAACUCUUCUUCGUUUAAAAUGUCUGCUUGGUUCUAAUUCACGGAGUAAACCCUGGUACUGUGUGAAACCGUGACAAGACUCCGGACUCCAGACGGUUUCUGUCCAAAUAUUUUAAUUUAUCUUCUUCCUCCAGUUAAUGUGGAAAGACAUGGGCUAAUAAAUGUUACCCUCACAGGCUAACAAGUUCUGAGCUAAUUCCUCAUCAGUGGAUCCAUUCACCCGCGGUGUCACUUCUGAACAGUCCCACCGGUUCUGGAGGAACAUGAAGCCCCGUCUGCUCCUCUGUAGGCCUGUCCUCAGACACACGAGCAGCAUCAGUUCUAACUCGCCCACACUCAGCCCUGACAUGAGGAAGUGCUCUCACACAUCUAUCUCUGUUCCUGUCCGCUGCUUGUGGGAAGUGAAACGACUCUUUAGUCAAAGAGAAAUUACUGCCCUCAGUCAUUAGCAGCUGCAGCGGCUCACUACCCCGGGUCUGCCCCACUCAUGACAAAUCUCAACGACGGUACGAGCUUCACAACAGAGCGGACAGCCUGAAGACACUCAGACAUGGGGUUUGCAGAGGAGCUGCGAUGUCCCCAGGCCCACGCAGCAGUGAUGAGGCUGCUGGACUCAGAGCUCCACCUCAUGGAGGUCAUGAAGAAGUGGAUGGAUCAGCGUGCCAAGAGCGAGAGGGAGUUCUCGGUGCAGCUGCACCACAUGGCCACUGUGGCAGAGAAGCUGGAUCGACCUCAGCUCGGAGCGGGGCAGGGUCACAUCAGCCAGCUCAACAAGUCCUGGGACGUCCUGCUGUCUCAGACGGACGUCCUCAGUCAGCUGAUGAAGAAGCGUUCUGAGGAACUGGUCGUUGGUCCAAUCAGCAAACUGACGCUGCUCAUCAGAGACAAACAGCAGCUGCGCAGAACCUACGCAGAGCAGUGGAACCUGCUGAGACAGGAGCUUAGCAAGGUUACUCAGACAGACGUGGAGCGGCUGAGGAGCAGCUACAGACAGGCUGUGAGAGACGCAGCUCAGGCCAAGAGGAGGCUCCAUGAGACCAGUAAAGACAAAGCUAAAGAGCGCUACCUAAAGGCCUUGCUGAGACACCAUGAGCUGCAUAACGACUACGUCUUGGCCGUGAGAGCUGCUCAGGUUUAUCACCAGCACCACUACGCUGUGGUCCAGCCCAGUCUGCUCAGCGCACUGCAGUCUCUGCAGCAGGAGGUGGUGCUCAUACUGAAGGAGAUCCUCCAGGAGUACUUCGACACCUCCACCCUCCUCCAUCAGGAGGUGGUGCAGAUCCACACGGAGAUUUCUGCCGCUUUAACUGCCAUCGACCCUCAGACAGAAUAUGACAGCUUCAUUCAGCAGAACAGAUCUGUGGGAGAGACUCCAGUCUGUGCAGACUUUGACUCCAGUCUUCUGGACGACGCAGUACAGCUCAGUCCCAACAGGAUAGAACUGAACCACCUGACCCACGGACCAGUCAACAACAGACUGACCACAGUGGAGGAGGAGCUGCUCAGCUUGGCUCGGACUCUGGGCUCCCAGCAGGCCACCGUUGAGCAGCUGGAGCUGGAGUUGGAUGAAGAGCAGGACGGAGCCAGAAACGGCUGGAGGGUUUACCACUUUAGUAAGAGGCACGCACUGGAGGAGUGUCGGCAGCAGGUGGCACUGUCUCAGGGAAUGAGAGCCAAGCUGGAAGCUCAGAGACUGAUGUUGAAGGAGAGGCUGGAGGAGCUGGACUCCCAGGAUCCUCCACCUGCUCUGCUGCUGGAUUCAGAUGCUGUUGUUCCUUCAGCCAACUCAAUAAAUGAUGUGGGCCAUACUCCCUCCAAAGUCAGGGAUGGGAUAAAAACCAACCUGAGUGUUCUGUUCAAACCUAAAUGUGAGGGUCCCUCAGUCCUAACUCUGACCGUAGACUGUCCUCUGGAGCAGCAGGACUGGUACCACGGCGCCAUCCCCAGGCUGGAGGUGCAGCAGCUGCUGAAAAACAACGGGGACUUCUUAGUGAGGAGGAGUCAGGACAAACAGGGUUUCGUGCUCUCGGUGCAGUGGGACGGAUCCAGCAAGCAUUUCCUCAUCCAGUACAUAGAGAAUCUGUACCGCCUGGAUGGACAAGGAUUCCACAGUGUGCCCCUGCUCAUCAGUCACCUCCUGUCCUCACAACAACCCGUCACCAAGAGAACUGACGCAACACUGAGGAAGGCUGUUGUCAAGGACAAGUGGGUGCUGGAACACGAUGACAUCAUCCUGGGGCAGCUCAUUGGCCAGGGAAACUUCGGGGAAGUUUACCGAGGUUAUUUACGCUCGGAAAACAUUCAUGUAGCUGUAAAGUCCUGCAAAGAAAACCUGAACCCGGAUCACAAGAAAAAGUUCCUGAUGGAGGCAAGGAUCCUGAAACAGUACGACCACCCAAACAUUGUCAAGCUGAUUGGAGUGUGUACACAACAGCAGCCGAUCUACAUCAUCAUGGAGCUAGUUCCAGGUGGGGACUUCCUGUCCUUGUUGCGGAACAAGGGCCACAGUCUGAGUUGCAAAACCUUGGUCAAAAUGGUAGCAAAUGUAGCUGCUGGCAUGGAGUACCUGGAGAGCAAGAAAUGUAUUCACAGGGACCUGGCAGCCAGGAACUGUCUGGUUGGUGAAGACAAUGUGGUGAAGAUCAGUGAUUUUGGAAUGUCCCGUCAGGAGGAGGACGGCGUCUACUCCACAGACGGAGGUCUCAGACAGGUCCCCGUCAAGUGGACGUCUCCUGAAGCCCUGAACUAUGGCCGCUAUACAACCGAAAGUGACGUCUGGAGCUUCGGUGUGUUGCUGUGGGAGACAUUCUCCAUGGGGAUGACGCCCUACACCAGUAUGACCAACCAGCAGGCACGAGACCAGGUGGAGAAAGGGUACCGUUAUCCUGCCCCUCACACCUGCCCCGUGGAAAUCUCCAGGAUUAUGAGCAGCUGCUGGCAGUACGAUGCCAGGAAAAGACCUUCGUUCAAGAAACUCCUGGCUGAGCUCAGUGCUAUACACAAGAAGAUUACAUAACACAGCCAGACAGGUUUCCAUUUUUUCAGAACCUUUACACACGUGUCGUAUGUAAAGGUUGAAAAAAACGUCCUAAUCUUCUGCCCUGCUUGUUGUCUUUUCAUCUGUCAAAGUCAAACGCUUAUUUCAGCUGAGAUAGCGGAGGUAUGUGUUAGCAUUCUCAUGACAUUCUGUGCAAUAUAUAUCAUACAUAGUAUAUGUUAUAGCAUAUAUAUGUAUAUAUGUGUGUAUGUAUAUAUACUGUAUUAUAUAAUUUUUCAGAAACACAUGUAUACAUAAAUAUGUAGAUAUCUAUGGAACUACAGACAGAUAUUAUCACAGUCAAAGGUGAUGUUUGGUGAUUAAAGAAGAACCAAUACCAUUUUUCAUACACAUCAUUUUAAUUGUCUAUAUUUGUAAAGUACAUAUAUACACAUACAUCUAAAUAUAUGUACAUGUAUACAUACAGUAUUUACUCCUGCCAGUUGCCCCUUGGGAAAAUGAAUAUCCCAGCACUGCUAUAAAAGAUAAAAACGUAGACCGGUUCAGAUCCCGGUCUCCUGUCGGUGGUUUCUGAUUCAGUGAAUACUAAAACAGCUAACGCGUGGCCACAGGCAAAAACAUUUGCACCAGAGGCACCAGAUUUAAUCCUUUAAUAUUGACCAAUGGAUUUCUGUCUGUGUGUCUGACGCAGUGAAACCAAAGAUUGUUUCUAAUUAUUCUGGAGCCCCGUGAUUAGAUCAUCAGGACUGAAUGAAGUCAGAUUGUGAUGGUAAAGGUAAUGUAGAGGGAAUGUGAGUGUCUUCGUCAGGGCAGAGAUUUUCUGAACAAAAUUGACUCCAAUUUCCUAAUCCCACACCAGAGUCGAGCGCCGGCCAUGAACCAAAACAAAACCUGACGGUGAUGCUCAAGCCUAAAGCACAUUCUGAUGCAAAUGCAGAACGUCAGACCACGAGUGGUUGGUGGUCUUGCCUUACCGCAAGAAUAUGUAUCAGGAAGUUGAACUACCAGUUGCUGUAGGAUCAGAUUAAUAGCUCUCUGAAUGUGGCCUUGGCCUUGUUGUGCCAACCUCUGCCCUCAACACAGAGGCUGCUGUGAUUGGCUCCUUCUCCCUGCAAGAUCCACUUAAAGAUGCCUAACCAUGUUUUGAAAGAAACUAAGUUGAACAUGAAAUUAUAGUAGCACCCAGGCUAAAAUGUUUGUUUUUCUUUACAAAUAUUUGUAUUUCACAUAUUCAGUAUCAUUCAUUUAACCCCAAAGUUUCACUGAUUUUAUACGUUUAUGAAAAGGAAUAUCAAACACAGAUGGAGGGAGAAAAUUGUGACAAUUAGAACGUGGAGACGUCGACAGCUCAGAGCCUGAACUUCAACAUAUCCUGGGUGUAAAGGUGUAAACCAGUUUAUCAUGUACCAUAACCGUGUUAUAAACACCAUCUAACAAAAUGCUGCUGGGAUGUGAUUUAGAUCAAGUGAAAACCUGGACAUCAGUCAUCAAAGGCUCUGUUUAUUCUCUAACCUAACGCAGGUCUGUAGACGCCAAACGAAACAUGCAAAGAUCAAUGACGUCACGCGAAUGCUGGAGUGGUAUUUAGCUCAUGGAAACUAGUCUCAACACAAUGUUCUGUUAGCAGUGACGAUCAGCUGGUGUCGAAUUAUUUAUAUGUUUCUGCAUCAUCACUUGUGACAAAGCUGCACAAAAAGUUGUACAAAUAAAAAAAAAGUAGGGAUGUCUGA